AUGGAGCUUUUCGAAACCAACCCUUAUUACAUUACAGACCAACGCUUUUUCGACAGCGAAAAUGUGUUCCCCUCCCGCUUGCAGGGGUUUGAGCAGAGCGUCUACCAGGAGCGGCUAGGGAGCGGCUUGUGUACCGACGCCAGGUCGCUGGAAGGCGGCUUGGACGAGCACGUGUACUCGGUGUCGGAGCUCCAACACCAACAGCAACAUCCACAGCAGAGCUGCCCCGGUCAGUGCUUGCUGUGGGCGUGCAAGAGCUGCAAGAGGAAAUCCGUUACCUUAGACAGGAGGAAGGCGGCUACCCUGAGGGAGAAGAGGAGGCUGAAGAAAGUCAAUGAGGCUUUCGAGGCGCUGAAGCGCAGCACUUUACUGAACCCCAACCAGAGACUGCCCAAAGUGGAGAUUCUCCGCAGCGCCAUUCAGUACAUCGAGAGGCUCCAGGCUCUCCUCAGCACCUUGAACCAACAGGACAAACUACACUACAGUGGCAGCAACACACGCCAAGUGGUCGGAGUACCCAGCGACUGCGGAUCAAACAGCGCCUCCUGCAGCCCGGAGUGGAGCAGCUCCUCUGAUCAUUGCAACGCUUCUUUCAACAAUCCCAGGGAUCACUUACUACCUGUGAAUAAGGGCCAGUCAUCUGGAAGUACCAGCUUGUGUUCUCUCUCUUCUAUAGUGGACAGUAUCACACCAGAGGACUCACCAAGCAGCUAUUUAGAGGACAACACCCCAAACUGAAUGAUAACAUUUGGUCUUUCC